GUUGUCUUGGAGAGGGACGCUGAGGCGACGCCGCGGCAGGCGGGUCCCGCCUGUGGACGCGGAAUAGAGACCCUUGAUUCGGCCACCUCCAGGGCGAGCCCCACAGAAUCCCGUCCUGCCUCCUUGCCCCCGUGAGUGUCCCCAGAGUCUCUGCGGACGGCACCAGCAUGUCGGGCGAGGCGAGCGCACCACCAGUGGUCUCACCCAGGGUCCCGCGUCCCGGGAUCCAGAAGUCAUCCGGUGCAGUGACCAGGAAAGGGGACCGCGGGGCCAAGGAGAAGCCGACGACCGUCCUGCCGCCGGUGGGGGAGGAGGAACCCAAAAACCCUGAGGAGUACCAGGGCACCGGCGUCCUCGAGGUGGACUUCGCUGAGCUCUGCACGCGGUGGGGCUACACGGACUUCCCCAAAGUGGUCACCCGGCCCCGCCCGCACCCGACCUUCGUCCCCUCCGCCUCUACGUCGGAAAAGCCCACCGUAGACGAACAGCCGCUGUCCGGGUCCUGCAGCUUCAACAGCCUGGAGAGCAAAUACGUGUUCUUCCGGCCCACCAUCCAGGUGGAGCUGGAGCCCGAGGACAAGUCCGUGAAGGAAAUCUACAUCCGCGGUUGGAAGGUUGAGGAGCGUAUCCUGGGUAUCUUCUCUAAGUGUCUGACCUCCCUCAGCCAGCUUCAGGCCAUCAACUUGUGGAAGGUGGGGCUGACUGAUAAGACCCUGACCACCUUUAUCGCCCUCCUGCCUCUCUGCUCAUCCACGCUCAGGAAGGUGUCUCUGGAGGGGAACCCGCUGCCGGAGCAGUCCUAUCACAAGCUCAUGGCAGUGGACAGCACGAUCGCGCACUUGUCUCUGCGGAACAACAACAUCGACGACCACGGGGCGCAGCUCCUAGGCCAGGCUCUGUCCACGCUGCACAGCUGCAACCGGACCCUGGUCUCCCUCAACCUGGGCUUCAACCGCAUCGGUGACGAGGGCGCGGGCUACAUCGCGGACGGCCUCCGGCUCAACCGCUCCCUGCUCUGGCUGUCCCUGGCCCACAACCGCAUCCAGGACAAGGGCGCCCUGAAGCUGGCCGAGGUCCUGCGCCCCUUCGAGCUGACGCACACCGAGGUGGUGGAGCGCCGGCGCCUCCUGCUGGAGAAAGGUUCGCAGGAGCGCUUGCGAUCGCCUUCCACCUCUCGACACGGGGACUCCAAAACAGAGCGUGAGAAGAGCCAGCUGAUGGGGGUCAGCAGUUUUGCAAUGGUGGAGAAAGACAAGAUGCAGACAACGAAGACCCCUAAGGGUCUGGGCAAGAAAAAGGAGAAGUCCGGGGAAGUGGUGAAGAAAGAGGAGAAGUCAGGGUCUGGGCAGUCACCCACACAAGGAACCCCUAAGAAAGAAGACUCCACAAAGACAGGCAAGGGGAAGGUAACCAUCCCUGAGCAGAAACUAAGCAAGGGAAAAGGGACCAAGACUGGGAGCAAAGAGAAGCGCAGCAUCCUCCUGGAGUCGGAGGUGGUUGGGGAAGCUACUGAGAUGGUCAGCCCUCUCCUGGGGCCCGUGGAGCACCGAGAUGGGAAAGUUUUCAUGCCUGGGAACAGGGUCCUUUUGCAUCUCAACCUUCUCCGAAACCGCAUCACAGAGGUGGGGCUAGAGGCCUUCCUAACCGCAGUGCAGUACCAGGCACAGUUCUCUGAGUCCAAGAGCGCGUCCAAGGGCCCCGUGGGGCUGCUGUGGCUGUCCCUGGCGAAAAACUGCUUCUCCCCGCAAUGUCCUGCGUGCACCACGAUCCAAGAGCUGAUGCUGCCAAGGGACCCUGCCAGUAAAGCCAAGCACAAAGAGGCGGCGGCUGUGGCUUCCUCCACCUAGUCCCCUCCCACCUUCUUCCCAGAGAUUCUGGGCCACGGAAGCAUCUCCUUUCCAUGUGCGGGUUGGACUUCCCACGGGAGAGCUCAGAUCAUUAACAAAGUCUAUCGCUGUACUUUUUUCCUUGAGGUUGUCUGAAAACUUUGUCCCAGAACUACUGGGAAUAUUUGGACUUUGCGCCUGUUAACAGCGCGUUGACAUGGCCAGAAAUGGCCGAAUGGCUUUAUGGUUCUGCUGGGGGUGAUCUCAGCCCCUCUGGCGGUGGCCGACCAGGGGUGUUGCUCUCCUGCCUCCUCAGGACCUAGUUCUUGCUUGCCCAGACCAGAGUCACGACCUGUACCAGCCGUCCCCGUUCCCUGGAGGACAUGUGAUACACGAGGGUUUGCACUGCCUCUGCUCUCAGAGGCAGAAGGGAAAGACUUGGGAUAGUAACGUGAAGGCUGAGUGGAAGAGCGGGUGGGGCAGAGGGAUGGAGCACGGGGCUCCACCCUUCCACCCUCCUGGGCCCCUUCCCCCUUCUGUUGCUCCAUCUGGCCCACGUGUCUGGACUGGUUUGGAGGAGGGGCAAGGGCUCAGCUUACGAAAACGUAGAGUUGUCAGGCUGCUUUAGAGAGGGUGCUGAGUCUCUUGUCAUCUACGUAGCAAAGUCCAAGCACUAAACACGAACCCUAACGACACUGCCUGCUGCUGUCAGCCGCCUGAAACCAGAGCCACCCAGACAGUGCGGGGGCCAGAGGAGUCAGGAGAGCUGGGGGCCGCGACUCUUCACCCUCAGCGCUGCCUCCACUGAGAUGACCCGACCGUGCCCCAAGAGCACAGGGCCGGCUUCUGGGGAGCUGACAUCCACUCUUCGGGGAGCGUCCCUUCUUCACCUCUGGUCACAUCCUCUCGGCCCCGACUCCGCUUUCUGUUGCCUGGACAGAGCCCUGCUGUCCCUGCCAGCGCUGCCUCUCUGCGGGGCUCCGUGGCCCUCAACGGUCCUCCUCUCUCUGCCUCUGACCACCUGCGCUGCUGCUCAGCCUCUUGGCGGCUGGCUGAGCUUCUGCAGGGAGCAGCUCUUUGAAUUCCCAACACUGAGCACAUAGCAGGCGCUCUCCAGUAACGUCUAGCCUCUCCAGUUACCCCUGCCCGAGGCCUUCUAAAGCUCCAGUGGAUCCGUACAGUUCUUGUCUGCACCCCUACACUUUAUCAAGAACGAACCGUGUAUUAAUUCUGAUGCCCAACUAGACUGUAAGCUCCCAAGGUCAGCACUCAGCAUCAUGUUGGGUUUAGGAGGGAAAACGUCAGUUGGGGGAAAGAGAAUGUGUCCCUUAGUCCAACGACGACAGCAGAGGCAGUUUGAGUGGUUACAGUCCUGGGGGUGUGGCCACGUCUGAUGAGCUGCUUCCAGGGGGUGCCUGUGGGAGGACACGGAGGACGGAUGACAGCAGCUGGCCAGGCCUCUGAGAUGACCCUCCCCUGUGUAUUGCCUUUAAAGUCCUGAAGCUCACUGAGGGCAGCUCACGAGGGCUCUUGAUACUGGGGCCACUGCGUGCGUGCGUGCUUGUGUGUGUGUGUGUGUGUGUGUGUGUGUGUGUGCGCGCGCCUGCGCGUUGUCUUUUUGUGUUCUGGCCACAGGGGCUGUAUCGCUUAGUCUGAAGUUCAGUGAAGUGCACAUCUGGAACUUCGGGAGAGAAUACGGCAAGGCCUGGGUCUGGGGCUGCCUUCUGUUCCCUCUACUCAAUUCCAAUCAGUCUCAGAGGGAAUAUCACAAUAUCUCUGAUCACAGCAGUUCCAAGAAUCACACACACACCACCACAGUUGAAGAAUAUUUAACUUUUCUUAAAAAAAAAAACCAUGAAAGGAAGAAAAUAAAAGAGUAUACAUUAUUUUAACAGCAAAA